AUGUCGGUGGGUUUAACUCGCAAGGACCUUCCACCCAGUACUUUGGCCCUCUUGGCGCAUCUCUUCGCCUCAGCGGGACAGUCAAUGCUGAUCUACAUGUCCAGGGUGAAUGGAGGAUUUGCUUACGACGCCAGCUCAGUGGUUUGUCUCCAAGAAGGUUUCAAACUGCUGCUGGCCAUCACGAACGAGGUCAAUGAAAUCCGAUCGCGACCGCGUGCGUCACAAUGCGGCGACUGGUGCGCUGCCAAUCUUCUGCCGGGCUUCAUGGCAGCCCUGCAUAGUAACCUGGUUUUUCUGGCGCAUCUCUAUGUGUCGCCUCCAAUGUUUCAUCUUCUAAGUCUUUGUCGCGUCAGUGUGACUGGUGUGCUGUUUAGAUUCGUCUUGCAGCAGGAACUUUCAGUCCUUCAAUGGAUCUCUCUGGUCCAAUUGAGCCUUGCCAUCGCUGGCACUUGUCACAUCGACGCGCACAGCGCUGCAGAUCGGACCUCAGAGCCGGAUGCCGACUGGCUGACGGUGAUGAGUUUGAUGUUGAUCCUCGCUGCCUGUUCGUCCUUGUCAUCUGCGCAUUUGUUGUUGAGAAAUCAAACCCACGAUCUUCAUCUACACCUGUCGGCUUUCUUGUCAUCACUGAUGCUUUAUGCCACGUUGGGCACGAAGCGGCCCUUGGAGGGCUACAACCUGCCAGUCUACCUCCUGAUCAUCACCAACAGCUUGAUGGGCGCGGUCCUGGGGCGGAAGCCACCUCUGGGCUUUCAACUGCUGGGCACAGUGGGCAGCUUGAUGCUGGCCAUUGGCCUCUCCUGGCUGCUGUCGGACUUCAACGGCGGCGGAAACUUCUGGCGCGCCGCCUUGUUGAGCAUCUCAGCGCUAGGUCUUUACUACGGCGACCCCAAGGCGCUCUAUAGAAGUGAUGCGGAGUUAAUGCCCUUUGGCCGUCGCCAUGCGCGCCAGGAACUUCCAAAGAUGGUGUGA